UAAUACUCAUCUAUCUCAAUCCCAUUCCGCCCCGAAUCUCCCGCCCGCCCUUAAAUCCCCGCCCCCCAUCUCCUGCCACCGUGGAGCUCCAGAAACCAAGACCCCGGCACCUCUCUCUCUCUCCAUCCAGCUGCUUCUCCAAUCUCCACCGUCCCUCUCUCUCGUUUGCUUGCUAGCUCUUGUUGCACACCACAGCCAGCUCUAGCUUGCAUUGGGGUUCUUGCCCUUGGCAAAGCCCUCAUUUUUCUUGGUGUGCAUAUAGCUUGCAUGCAUUUGAUUGGGUUUAGGUUUGCCAGCAGCAGCAAUUUAAACGAAUAAACAGGAUCCCUUUCUUUCUCCAAUUUUCGUGUGCGUAUUAAUUAGCUUGCAUGCUUGGGCCGGCGAUGUCUGAGCUCGUGUGUGGCGGCUGCUUCACCAUGCUGGUGCACUCCCGCAGCGCAACUAACGUACGGUGCCCUCACUGCGGCAGGCUCGGCUCGACAAGAUCAGGAAACCAGAUGGGGCACCUGUCGUGCGGGCAAUGCCGGACAACCCUGGCAUACCCGCCGGGAGCGACGACAGUCGGGUGCCCGACAUGCCGCAACGUCAAUCCAGUUCCAACCAGGGUACGUAUGGAUGCUCGGCCGCAGCAGACGAUGGUUCUGGUGGAGAAUCCUAAGACGCUGGAUGAAAAGGGCAAACUGGUGAGCAGUGUUGCCGUUGGUGUCACCUCGUGGAAAAGAUGACCAACAACUCACUUCAUUCCGGCUAAUCUCGUCAUCAUCGACAACGACGACAGCUAAUGUAAAAUCAAGUGUGUUUUGAAGCGCUUGAUGUUUUUCAUAUAAGGAAAAAAAGAAAAGAGGCAGAGUAGCAGUAGCUGUUGAGCAGCAAAAGAUCUGAAAAUUGUAAAUACAUUACAUGCUAUAGCCACCCGUGUGCGCCUUUGUGCCCCUGGAAUUGUAUUCUUGCCCUGCCAAGGUCAGACACGCUGAGUCGACUCUGCACUCUAGCGCUUUAUCUGCAAAUUCGGAUUCUCCGGCUGAAAAAAAAAAACCGAGAGAAAGGAUA